GCGACCACUUAUAAACUCUGUUGGGGGUUCAUUUUCGUCGGCAUAAGAGAGCUUUAGAGAAGGUAGAGAUCCCCCAUAUCAGUCUUCAAGCUACACAGCUGAGAAAUCUCUCUUCAAUCAUGAAGCAAGAGGUGGAGAUCUGGGUGAAUAUGAAAUGCGAAAAGUGCCAGGCGGAAGCCAUGGCAGAGGUCGUGAAAUCCGGCGGUGUGGACACAAUAUCAGUCACUGGCAAAGAUAAACAUACACUAGCAUUCUCUGGCGAGUCUAUCGAUUCGGGUCGGAUUGAACGUUUAUUGAAGAAGAAAUUUCGGCUAGCUCGCCUUCUUAAAGUGAAUCCAGUCAAAGAAAAGAAGCCAGAGCCACAAUCUAACAAACAACCAGAACCCACAAAGAAGGCCGAGCCCGAGCCAGCUAAUGAAGCCCUGAAAAAGGCAGAGACAGAGUCAACUAAAGAAGCCCCAAAGAAAACUGAAUCUGAGCAAGGUAAAGUAGACCCUGGGAAAAAAGAAGAUAAGGUAAAGCAAGAGCCACCAAAGACAACUCCACCAGAGCCAAAAGAACAAAUUGUGAUCCAUCAGCAUCACUUUUUUGACCCCAUGCCCAUGUACCCAAAGGAGCCACAGAUCGUCUAUCAGUGUUAUGUGGAUGAACCCACACCAUGGUGCUCUAUCAUGUGACUUUACAUAUUUCCAUAGAUUACUACAGCCGUGUACCAAGUGGUUUGAGACGCAGACUCGGACAUGAACUCGCUAGGCUCUGGAGCCCGAGUCAGGUAUGAUAAACUCUGCUGAGUCCGUUGCGGCUCAAUAAGUAAAAAGUAACAUAAAAAUAUUAGGAACUGGCCGGAUGUUUGAGUCGGACUCGUCGAGUUUCGAUUCACGGAAUGUACCUAGUGUGGAUGCAAUUACACUUUAAAUGAGGUGUGCAUUUAUAGGAAUCAAUAAAUUUUCUUUAAGACCUAUUAGUCAAAAGUUGGGGCAUUUCCUAUUUAUUAAAAUCUAUAGUGGAGCUUUUUUAUGUGUCAUUCUUUGGAAUUGCACCUCUUAUUGGCAAAAUUAGAAGGCAGCAUGAAAGUCUUUA